CUCAGUUGGCCGGAGCGGCCGGAGAAGAGCGGCUGUGUAGUCGAGCCAGGCGCCAUGUCCGGCCGUGGCAAGAGCGGCGGUAAGGCCCGCGCUAAGGCCAAGUCUCGUUCGUCCCGGGCUGGGCUGCAGUUCCCGGUCGGGCGCGUUCACCGGUUGCUGCGGCGUGGGCACUACGCGGAGCGGGUGGGGGCUGGCGCGCCCGUGUACCUAGCGGCCGUGCUCGAAUACCUGACGGCCGAGAUCCUGGAGCUGGCGGGCAACGCGGCCCGGGACAACAAGAAGACGCGGAUCAUCCCCCGUCACCUGCAGCUGGCGGUGCGCAACGACGAGGAGCUCAACAAGCUGCUGGGCGGCGUCACCAUCGCGCAGGGCGGCGUCCUGCCCAACAUCCAGGCCGUGCUGCUGCCCAAGAAGACGAGCGGCGGCGGCGCGAGCCCCGCCAAGGCCGGCAAGAAGGGCAGCGGGCAGCAGUCACAGGAGUACUAGGCCGGCCGCCCCUCCGGCGCCACACAAAGGCCCUUUUCAGGGCCACCCCAUUGCUCACGGGGAGAGCUGUAAUCCGCAGAGGGGAGGGGAGGGAAGGGGAGAUCGGGCCGGCUGCGAGGGACAAGCGGGAAUCGGCCCGAGGCCUGUCAGACACCGAACACGAGCUGCUCUGUAAGGGCUGGUAAUUUGCUUGUAUUUACCUUUCUUCCCUGCAGUGGGCGUUGCAUAGAGAAUAAACAGCGCUUCGUUUACAAAACAGGA